CUUUGUCCCUCGCUUUGUCCCACGCACUGCUUCGCACCACUUUCCGUCGCGAUCCCUCUUUAGACCCGCGUAAAAAUCUGGUCCCGUAUUCAGGUCGAGUCUCGAGAAAAAAGGGCUCUCUAAAAAAUCACUUCUUUCUCGAGAGGGAGCUGAGUGAUAGACAAAUUAGAGUUGAGUUCGUAAUUGAUCACCUGAAAACCCAGAUAGAAUUUGUUCAGAGUUUGCUCGCGGAGCCACCGUUGAGAGCCUGGUUCCAUGGCGGGUGCCGCGGGGGGGAGAUCGCUGGAGCAGACGCCGACGUGGGCCGUCGCCGUCGUGUGCUUCGUUCUGGUUCUGGUCUCCAUCAUCAUCGAGUACAUCAUCCAUCUCAUCGGACAGUGGCUGAAGAAGAAACACAAGCGUGCACUUUACGAAGCGCUCGAGAAGAUCAAAUCCGAGCUUAUGCUUUUGGGAUUCAUAUCGUUGCUCCUCACGGUGGGACAAGGCCCAAUCACCAAAAUCUGCAUACCGCAGAAGGUGGGGGCCACAUGGCACCCGUGCAACAAGAAGGAAGAGGAGGAGGGGGCGGAGGAAGAAUCCGACGCCGGCCGGCGGAGGCUGCUCGGCAUGAUGGGCCCCGGGGGAAGCUUCCGCCGUGCUCUGGCCACCGCCACCACCACCAACCAGUGCGCGGAGGGUAAAGUUCCGUUUAUUUCUGCAGAUGGCAUCCACCAGCUCCACAUAUUCAUCUUCGUCCUCGCUGUUUUUCAUGUCCUGUACUGUAUCCUCACCAUGGCUUUGGGCCAAGCCAAGAUGAGAAGCUGGAAAGCAUGGGAGACGGAAACAAGAACAGCUGAGUACCAGUUCUCCCAUGAUCCACAUAGGUUCAGAUUCACCAGAGAAACAUCGUUCGGAAAGAGACACUUGAACUUCUGGACCAAGACACCCGUCCUCAUCUGGAUCGUCUGCUUUUUCAGGCAAUUCGUGAGGUCGGUCCCUAAAGUUGAUUACUUGACCUUGAGGCAUGGGUUUAUCAUGGCACACUUGGCACCUCAGAGCCAGACCAAAUUCGAUUUCCAGAAGUACAUCAACAGAUCCCUUGAAGAAGAUUUCAAGGUUGUGGUAGGGAUCAGUCCACCUAUCUGGUUUUUAGCUGUGUUGUUCUUGCUCUUCAACACUCAUGGGUGGUACAGUUAUCUGUGGUUACCGUUCAUCCCACUGAUUAUCAUCCUUUUGGUGGGAACAAAGCUGCAGGUGAUCAUCACGAAAAUGGGUCUCAGGAUUCACGAGAGGGGUGAAGUCAUUAAGGGCGUGCCUCUUGUUCAUCCGGGGGAUGACCUUUUCUGGUUCAACCGUCCUCACCUCAUCCUCUACCUCAUCAACUUUGUUCUGUUUCAGAACGCCUUUCAGCUCGCUUUCUUUGCUUGGACUGUGUAUGAGUUUGGGUUCAAAUCUUGUUUCCAUGCGCAUACUGAGGAUGUGGUGAUCAGAAUCACCAUGGGGGUCCUGAUUCAGAUCCUAUGCAGCUAUGUCACCCUCCCUCUUUAUGCCCUCGUCACUCAGAUGGGGUCGACCAUGAAACCAACUAUAUUCAACGAGAGAGUCGUGACGGCGCUGCGCAGCUGGCACCAAUCUGCUAAGAAGCACAUCAAGCAGAACAAAAGCUCCUCCGUGACCCCCAUGUCGAGCAGGCCGAUGACCCCUUCGCACCACAUGUCGCCUGUGCAUCUCCUGCGCCACUACAGGGGCGACAGGGAUAGCUUCCACACAUCGCCCCGACGAUCGAACGUCGACGCCGACCACUGGGAAUCCGAGACUCCAUCCCCCUCCCAUCACCAUCACCACCAAGGCGAUGGCUCGUCGUCUCACCGUCACCACGGGACGGAACACGGUCACGUCGGACCCGAGGUGGGUUCGUCGCAAGCGGUGCCGGCUUCUCAGCCAGUCCAGACUCAGCACGAAAUCAAUAUCGGGCCGCGAUUUUCAUUCGACAAGAGAACGAGUUCCGCGUGAGCAUCGCGAUCCCGCCCGGCAUCGUCGCUUGCUUGACCAUGGCGUGCGAUUCAUCAGGAAAAAAAGGAGAGAUGAGCCACUGGCUUUGCAUCCCCUCGUAUAUAUAUAGAGAGAGAGAGUCACUUCUAACUUGUGAUGGAAGAUUACCAGCUUUUAUAUUCUUCCCAUUUCUUCCCAUUUAUUGUACUUGUUACUUCAAGAAUUUGUAUAAUUUGCAGUUGUAUAUCGCUGGGUCGCCAGAACAUGAAUGUGAUAGUUUUGAUCCCCAUAUUCAAUUCCAGUCUUUUUCCUUUUA